CUCCUUCAAAAUCAUCCAAACACGACCUAAACUUAUUGAGGAAGCCCACGAAGUGGCAAUCUGAGAAAAUCCCAACUGUCCCAAGGCAUGAAAGAAAAAAAGAAAGAGAAAAAAAAUCUGAAUAUAUAAAUAAAUUGACUAUCAAAAACUAAAAACAAAAUAAAAAAGAGCAGAAACCCACAGAUUUUGUUAGUUAAAAGAAAGAAAGAAGAAGCUCUCUGAAAUCGCAUGCAGAUUUAAGCAGGAGCAGAUCAGAGCAGCAGCUACUACUCUUACAUGAUUGUUAAUUGACGAGCAGGAGAGGAAUCUGUUUAAAAUUGUGAAAUCUUGUUUCUUUGAGACCUGAAUGUUAGAAGGAAGAAACUAAUUGAUAAGAUUAGACAACACAGAGAUGUUCUCGUUGUUUUAUGGCCUUUGGAAGUAUAUAUUUAGUAAGACAGAGUUUCAUGUGCUCAUUCUUGGAAUCGACAAGGCUGGGAAGACGACAUUGCUGGAGAAAUUGAAGUCAGUGCACUCGAACUUGGAAGGCCUCCCUCCUGAUCGAAUUAUUCCUACUGUUGGACUAAAUAUUGGUCGUAUUGAAGUGGCAAAUUCAAAACUGGUGUUUUGGGAUCUAGGAGGUCAGCCUGGUCUUCGCUCAAUUUGGGAGAAAUAUUACGAAGAGGCACAUGCUGUGAUUUAUGUAAUUGAUGCUGCUUGCCCAUCACGUUUUGAAGAUGCAAAAUCUGCGUUGGAAAAGGUUCUUAGGCACGAUGAUCUGCAGGGAGCCCCCCUUUUGAUAUUAGCAAACAAGCAGGAUCUUACUGAUGCUGCAUCAGCAGAAGAGCUUGCUCGAUAUCUAGACCUUAAGAAGUUGGAUGAAAGGGUUUACAUUUUCGAAGCUGUUUCAGCAUAUGAUGGGAUGGGGAUCAAAGAAAGUGUAGAAUGGCUCGUGGAGGUAAUGGAACGAAGCAAGAGAACUGAGAUGUUAAGAGCUCGUGCUGGUGUAACUGGCCCUGGUGCUUAGAGACUGUCCAAUGCAGUUGUUUCUCCUGCUUUUUGUAGCAGCUGUAAAUAAACAGAGAUUGGAUUUGAUUUUACAUGACAGAGUCCAUCCAUUUUUCAA